UCGGGUUCAGUUGCAUUCAGAACGUUGUUCAGAGUGGUGAUCAGUUUUGUGCGCGAGAGUUAGUCAGUCGUCGAUGCCGUCGUGAACACCGACCUCGAGCCGAGUUUGAUUAAUUAGAAGCAAUUGCUCCAAUUCUACGCGAGUUGCCUGUGGUAGUGGUGCGUUGAAAGCCCCAGCGCGGACGAGAGGGGCCAGUUGGAUUGUCAAGAUAUCUCCCGCCGCCGUCGUAAUUCCCAAAGGAAUGCCAUUUAACUACAGUCGCGAUUGCGUCGCGAUCAGAAACCGCACCAAUAGCCUGCACCAAACCUGGAAGUGGCUGCACCAGACCAUUGAGCUGCACGAAUAUCUCAUCUCCAUGAGCCAAGCGGACACGGACGCCUGCUGCGAACUCCAGUGCGUUGCGAUCUAAGAAGCCUUUGACCAAAUCGACCCAUCAAUCAGCUAAUCAAUCAGCCUACCAGGAUUAA